AACUCUUCUCAAGAACAAAAAGUCAAUAAAGAAAACCUAAAGUAUAGCCAGAACCAACGAACUGUUCCUAGUACAUUAUCAUUAUCUAUGAAUGAUUUUAAAAUUGGGCGACAGAUCGGCAAGGGUAAAUAUGGUCGCGUAUAUCUGGCGAUUUAUAAGGCAAGUGGGUAUAUCGUCGCACUGAAAAUUCUGUUAAAACAAGAGUUGCAACAUGAGAAACUCUUGAAGCAAUUGGAACGAGAGGUUGAAAUUCAAGGCAAUCUUGA